AACCCCCCGCCCGCGCUGAGCCAUGUUGUAGGAAAUCCGCUUGCGGCGGAUUAUUGUAAUCCGACAGAGGGUCUGGGCGACACAUCGGAUCACGACAGGAAAAAACUGAAGCGCAGCGGCCUGGAACAGAUGCACCUUGUCCGAGAAUAACGGGAUAAAGCCGAGACAUGAUCCGCCGCGCCGCUCGGUGCUGCUGAAGCCAGAGAUCGGCGCUGCUGCCCGGGCCGCUUCCUGCCUGGACCGCGGGUCGGCAUCACCGCACCGCAGAGAGGAGUAGGGCAGAGCGGAGAGGCUCCGGUUUGUCGGUGAAACGGACGCCCUCGCUCCCUCUUCCCUACCCUGGUCAGGUCUGACUCCAGCUCGACUCGGUUCGCUUGCCCUGUACGCGGAGGGACGCGCUGCCGCCGCCGCUCCCAGCCCCACCACCAGCUAGCGCGGCUAGCUCGCUCCAGCUAGCCUGCUAGCUCGUCAGGAAGAAUCGGUCCAGUUUAGUUCGGAAUUUCUCCUGUUUUCCGGCCCGCAGCCCGCAGGGAGGGAGCAUGUCGGCCAAAGACCAGAGCAAACUCUCCACCACGGAGCGGCCCGUCAAAGCCGUGCCGUAUCCUCCUGGAGACCGCCUGAUGGUCAAAGAGCUGUACGUGGACGGGAGGCCCAGUUUGGAGGUGCUCAAGGCCCAUCUGGUAAAGGAGGGUCGGCUGGAGGAGGAGACGGCCCUGCGGAUCAUCAACGAGGGUGCCGCCAUCCUCCGGCAGGAGAAAUGCAUGCUUGAGGUGGAAGCCCCCAUCACAGUGUGCGGAGAUGUCCACGGUCAGUUCUUCGACCUGAUGAAGCUCUUCGAGGUGGGUGGGUCCCCCAGCACCACCCGUUACCUGUUCCUCGGGGACUACGUAGACCGAGGCUACUUCAGCAUCGAGUGUGUACUGUACCUGUGGGCCCUGAAGGUCAACCAUCCCAACACCCUCUUCCUCCUCAGAGGCAACCACGAGUGCCGACAUCUCACAGAGUACUUCACCUUCAAGCAGGAGUGUAAGAUAAAGUACUCUGAGCGUGUAUACGAUGCCUGCAUGGAGGCGUUUGACUGCCUGCCUCUGGCCGCCCUCCUCAACCAGCAGUUCCUGUGUGUGCACGGAGGUCUAAGCCCUGAGAUCACCUGCCUGGAUGACAUACGAAAGCUGGACCGGUUUAAGGAGCCUCCGGCAUUCGGGCCAAUGUGCGACCUGCUGUGGUCAGACCCGGGCGAGGACUACGGCUCAGAGAAGACCCAGGAACACUUCUGCCACAACAGUGUCAGAGGAUGCUCUUAUUUCUACAGUUACCCGGCAGUCUGUGACUUUCUGAUGAACAAUAACCUGCUGUCUGUAAUACGAGCACAUGAAGCUCAGGACGCUGGGUAUCGAAUGUACAGGAAAAGUCAGACGACGGGGUUUCCUUCUUUAAUCACAAUCUUCUCGGCUCCCAACUACCUGGAUGUGUACAACAACAAAGCGGCGGUGCUGAAAUACGAGAACAACGUGAUGAACAUUCGGCAGUUUAACUGCUCCCCUCACCCUUACUGGCUCCCCAACUUCAUGGAUGUCUUCACCUGGUCUCUGCCCUUCGUUGGAGAGAAAGUGACGGAGAUGCUGGUGAACGUGCUGAACAUUUGCUCCGAUGACGAGCUCCUAUCCGAAGCCGACGACACGGGCGAGGGUGGCGCUCCGGCUGUCAGGAAGGAGGUGAUCAGGAACAAGAUCCGGGCGAUUGGAAAGAUGGCUCGCGUCUUCUCCGUGCUCAGAGAGGAGAACGAGAGCGUACUGCAGCUGAAGGGGCUGACCCCGACGGGGACGCUGCCCCUCGGUGUUUUGUCCGGCGGUCGGCGGACUCUGCAGAGCGCCACCGUAGAGGCAGAAGAGGCACGAGCCAUUCAAGGCUUCAACCCGCAGCACAAGAUCCAGAGCUUCGAGGAGGCGCGAGGGCUGGACCGCAUCAACGAGAGGAUGCCGCCGCGUCGCGACAGCAAGCAGCACGAGGCCCCGCCCUCCCUCAACAACCUGCCGGCGAGCACCGGACCCCCGGACAAGAACGGCACCAACGCUCAGGCCUAGACCCUCCCCCUCCUCUCCCUCCUUCUCUCCUUCCCUGCCUCCUUUCCUUUCCUCCCCUCCCUCCUCCCUCCGUCACGAGCGGCAGACGAGGCCGUUCAGUCCGAGCGACUCGCCGCGCUUUAUUUAUUACAUCAUCGGUUAAAUAUCGUAGAUUCAGACUGAACAGGAAAAGUCUCAGCGCCGCUCGAUGCCUCCAAUCAGGAGGCAGCUGGUACUUGAUGCCACACCUUCGUAUCAGCCACACCUCUUUUUCUUCUUUUUUCUUCUUUGGUCCGGGGAGGAAGUGACGCUCAUUCAAACGCUGUGUUCGUGCCCACACACACACACACACACACACACACACACACACACACACACACACACACACACACACACACACACACCCAUCCUUUCUUAUGCCAAUGAUAGUGUGACUGAGCUCCGCCGAGCGAGUAUUUACAUUUAUAAUAUAUGUAUAUUUUAAUUGUUCCCUCUUUUCAAUGUGAUGUUUUUUGUUUUUUUUUUAUAACAUAGACUUAGGCUUUAACUAUCCAGGUGGGAGGGGGCGGAGCGAGAGUGGAGGUGUGGAGGCAGUGGAGGGAAAGAGUUGAAGGUUCUGCUUUAUUAAAACUGAGUUUCUGAGCUGAAGCUCCUAAUUCUGGAAAAAUGACUCGAGCCUCCCCGGCCGGUUGAACUUCAGACAGAUCUGUUAUAUUCCGAUAUUUUGGAAAAGCCGGGAACGCGUCAUGCUCCUGUUUUACAGGAGUGAGUUUAACAUGGCCUCCACUGGCGCUCCAGCGCGUUUUAGUGAAAUGCACCUUUACAAAUCCAUCGCAGCUCUUUGGGAAAAUUGUUAUAAAAGAAUUAUAUUAAAAUCAUUGGUCAAAAAUAUCUGAGAAAAAUGGAAAUGACAGCCUGAGAAAAUAUUUUAAUGAAUUAAAAACUCAAAAGAGAAUUCUGCCAAAACAAAUCAGAGAAAAUCUGAAAAUUAUAAUUUGUGAAACUUGUGAGAGGAAAAAAAGUUUAAAAAAAAAGUGUACAUAAAUAAAGUCAUCUGUUAAUAAAUGGCUUGAGUGCUGACGCAGAAUAAAGCUGAAUCAUUUAACAUGACGGCAGUCAGAAACCACCGAUCCUCCUAGUCUCUGAGCUGGAUGUAAAUAAUAAUCAUAAUCAUCAAUAUUAAUAAUUUACGUCAUUUUUGAUUGAAAUUGAUUGAGACCGGCAGUUUUAGUAGAACAGAAGAGCCCUUCACACAAAGAGGAGGAGGGAGUUUCAGGUGUGCUUCAGGUGUGAUGAGGACCUGCGUGGGUUUGAUUUGACUCUUGAUUUAUUUUUGGUGGGGGGGGUUUGCCGGGCCUCAUUUCUCAGAACAUAUCUCACCGAAUGUACAGAGAGGAAAAAACAUCUGGAUGUUUGUCUGUAAGCAGCUGGAUUUGUUCCUGCGAGGCCUCAUCUCUGUAGACGUUUCACUCAUUCAAUAAAAACUCAACAACAGCU